CAGCCGUGUGCAAUGGAUUAAAUGCCAACUUAAUGGGGUGCGGGGAUUAAGCUGGUGAGACACUUUAAAAAAAAACUAUACAUAUAGUAAACACACCAAGAGGGAUUACAAGUAAGUUUUGCGGCCUUGCUUGAGAUUUAACAAAAAAAAUUAUUUUAGAAUUUGAUCUAUGCUCUUGUGUGUUGCUUUCAACAGGGAAUUAGCCCCCUCAUUUUUUUUUUUUUUGUUUACGUCAUUGUGUACAGUUUGCCUCAGAAAUCUGCAUUCUUAAAAAGUUUAUUUAUUAUGUGUUUUAAAAUUUCAAAUGAUUUUUCCAAAUCAUUUAUUUUCUAAUACGUACUCCAUCAUGGUUAUUUCUAUCGAUGAACAUUCUCUAGUCAAAAUUAUACGCCCAUAACUUACACUUUUAUUUAUGCAUUGUUUAAAAAUAAAUAAAUGCAUGUUCCCAUUGGGGAUGAACUUGUAUAAACGUCUUAAUCAAGUAAUUCGUUUCUUCCCUAACCGAUUGAUUGUUUCAAUGGUUUUCUUUACCUACAAUAGUUUUCAUGUAAACUGAAUAAUCUUAUUCAUAUUCGUUAUAAACCACAUACUUAUGGGCCCUACUGUAAUCAGAGGUCCACAAACUUACAGAUUUAAGGCGCCUGAUUUAAGUAUAUCGCUUCUAACGGAAAUUUAUUGUAAAAGAAAAUGUAUAAAAUUUUCUUACUGUUUUUUUUUAAAAUUUAACAAUAAGAAAUGAUCAUUUACAGUAAUAUAGAGUAUUAUUACAGUAAAUAUAUGUAAAAUAACAUUGCAUUUUUAUCAGUGUAGUGAGAAGUUUGGACCUUUCAAAAUUACAUUAUUGAAUAGAUAUAAAUAUGAAAUAAUUUCAAUAAUGUCACAGUUUUCCAAAUUUAUAGUCCCAAACUUUCCAAAAACGGGCUUACAUUCCCCUAAAUGUUGAAAAAAAACCUGCUUAGACUCAUACUGAGCGAUAUGUACUAAGCUAAUAUUCUUACAGCUCAUUUUUUUAUAUUUUAAAUUUUAUGCAUCUUUACAUUGAUUGCUGAGCUAAGAACUGAGAGUACCGUCCCUUCCAAUCCGACGCGUAGCCAUAGACAUAGAGAUAUAUUUAUAGCUCUGUGCGCGUAGCGAAGGGGGGCAGGGGGGACAGAUGUCCCCAGGCGCCAGCUAGUCAGUUAGGGGCUCCAGAAUGUGCUUGAAUCUUGUCCCCGGAAACCAAACACUCUAGCUACGCCUCUGUUUCCAAUGCUAGCUGUACUAAUUGUCAUGGGACGAAAAAUGGUAUGUGUGUUUUUGUGUGUAGGAGGAAGGUGCACCUGGAAAUAAGCAUAUUUUGUUGUAAUUGUAAGUAAGAUUUCUCUCUCUAUAUAUACAUCUAGUAUAUAUGAAAACAUCUAUGUCCCAUUGAUGGGUAUAUAGUGCCAGAUUAAGACCCACGGAGGCCCCCGGUUUGCAGUUUGGAGAAGCCCGAGAUGGAUAUCAUUACGAUACAUUACGACAGUACAAGUACGUACAGGAUCAAAUCAAGUCCCCAUCCCCCAAAAUUAUUAGAUCCCUUGUCGCGGAGCCCCUUAGAUUCGCGGGGGGCUCUAAAAGGCUCGGUGCCCAUAGACACGUGCUUCAUUUACCUCUAGUUUAAUCCAGCACUGCGGGUUUAUUUAUAUAAACCAAAUGAUCAUUUAUUAAUAUCAAAGUAUCGACUUGAUGUUCAUGUGGGGUGUUUCAAAUGUUCAAUACAACUGAAGUUGUGUGUUGCAGUUGUUUCAAAAUGAACAUUAAAAUAUGUGAACAUUAAAACUUUUAUUUUUUUUUUUAGAGAAAAAAAAAUAUAUAUACAAAAAAUAAAAAAAAAAAACAAAAAAAAACAAAACAACACCAGUAAAGGACAAGUAUACUUUACAUUUUACACCAGUAUCGGUUAAUGUUCAAUACAACUGAAGUUGUGUGUUGCAGUUGUUUCAAAAUGAACAUUAAAAUAUGUGAACAUUAAAACUUUUAUUUUUUUUUUUAGAGAAAAAAAAAUAUAUAUACAAAAAAUAAAAAAAAAAACAAAAAAAAACAAAACAACACCAGUAAAGGACAAGUAUACUUUACAUUGUACACCAGUAUCGGUUAAUAGCACUUUGGCUAAAUGCAUAUUUGGUGUUACUGUCGUCCUUUCAUUGUAUCAGUUUACACGUCUGUUGGAUGUUAUUUUAUGCUUAACGAUUGGCAGCCUGAUCGAUACCGGCCGGUUGUUGGUACUCAACGGCGGUCGAAGCACCGAUAUCUCAAAUGGCUAUCGUUGAUUGAAUGAAACUUGUUUAGCUAUAACAAUGCCGUCCUGGCAUGCCAGCUAUUUUUGUGCACGCCGGCUCUCUGGCACACUUUAUCACUAGCGGCAUUGGGUUUUUUUUAUUUUUAUUUUAAUUCGCUGGUUAUUUAAGUAGAGUAGUAGCGUUAACUAUAAUUUAAACAUAAAACAUCGAACUUCUAAUAAUUAUUAAUUAUAAUGGGCGCCCGCAGGGGAGGGGGCAAGGCGGGCACUUGCGGGGGGGGGGGAAGGCGGGCCCUUGCCCCCCCCCCCCCCGGAUUGAUUGGAUACAAAAAUUUUAGACAAAAAUAGACAAAAAAUGUAUUAAAGUAAAGAGAAAAUAAAGAGAAAGUAACUAAGCUGAUGCUGAUCUCGUUUUACUGUGUCCUGUCCUUUCAUUAAACCAUACAAAUACGCUACAGUAAAUUAAAACUACAUUAAAACAUCACAAAAAAAUGUUGCCCCCCCCCUCUAGAAAGUUUUCUGCGGGCGCCCAUGUUAAUUAUAUAAACGAUUUAGUUAUAGGCUCCCAUAAGACCGACAGCUUCCAAAAGAGCUGCUUUUUUCUUUUCAAAGAUUUAUGCCGUUAGGUAUUCGUUUGUUUGUUGUUGUUUUUUCGUUUUUUUGUUUAGCCCCUUGAUAUUGCGGAUAAAUUCCUUUAGUUAAAACUUUGCAGGUAAGAGAUUUUUAUUGUAAAAAAAAUCGACUUACAAAAAAUCAAAAUCACCCCCCACCCCACCCAACCCCGCCCUCUCACCCAACAACUUUUCCUUCAAAUUUUGUUCCUUGUAUUUUUUUUUGUUUUUUUUUGUUUGCUUUUUAAAAAAAAAAAAAUUUCUUGACCAGAAUCAGACACGAUGGAUUUCUCAAAAUUUCGCGAGUCUGGUGAUCUGAGUGACCUUACGGUGGUGGUAGAAUCUCACGAACACAGACUCCACAGAUUCCCACUGUACGCCAGGUCCGAUUUUUUCUGUGAGCUCACGAGAACCAAGCCAGGGAAUGCUGAUCCCUCGAGGGUCGAGCUCAAGGAUUUCCCGGGCGGAAAUGACGUUUUCGUCCAGGUGGCAGACUUUUGCUACAACAUGCCGCUCAACAUCACGAAAAACAACGUGGUCCAGAUCCGAUGUGCUGCCGAGUAUCUGAAGAUGGCCGGUCCCGGGAAUCUUGCAGACGUCGCUGAUAAAUUCUUGAAGGACUCUUUCGCCACGGCGCGGCUGAACCGUUCGGUGGUCAGCAUCUCAUCACUGCUGGUGCAGUGUAACAAAAUAGGACAGCUGGCCCAAGACGCGGGUAUCGUGGAGCUCUGCACCGACGCCUUCAUCGAAUGCUGGGCAAAGCCAUCGGGCGCGAUGGUCCACAUUGGCAGCGGCCGGACCUUUUCCGGAGUCUCCAAGCUUAAAGAAUCCAAAUCGGCUUUCACGAGGAUUCAAGAUUCGACCCCACCUGGCCAGAUGAGCUCCGACAAACUCGAGGAAGCCAGCGUUAAGUGCCUGAUGUCUCUACGAUCAGGCUGGUUCGUUAGGAUCCUCACCAAAGCUAAAGAUAAAGGCAUUAGCCUCCAAGAACUGGGAGCGCUUGCUGUCAACUUUAUUUCCUGUCAUCUUAAUCUGGAAACCCAUAAAAAUGGCAUUUCUCAGAGCAUCGUGAUGUCGUCAGCUGCGGGGUCGUCGGAGAGGGUUGACGUGUCAACGGACAGCGGGGCAAAAGAUGCAGACGCCAGCCCCAGGCCGGGAACUGAUAAGCAAGGAUUAACGACGACAAUCACCUUCAUGACUGAAAUUUCUGACCUGACUACAUCGCCGGUCUCUGACUUUCCCAAAGUGACUGAGGACAUCGGUGAAGUGAUUGACAGGGUGUUACUUGCCCUUCCUGAAAAGGCUUAUUCUCUACCAUCUGUAACCAUGGAGUGGUUAACAAAGGUGGGUGCAUUUUGAUUGUGCGUUGUUGUUUAUUUUUGUGUCAAUGAGAUAUCAAUUGUAGAGUUUUGUAAUAUUUUAACUAAUAAGUUGAAAACAUCAAUUUUCAUUACUGCAGAUACUUUAAUUGUUCUAAUAUAAGCUCAUAAAUUUCUUUAUUAUUUUUGAUAGAACCUGGGGCUGGAGAAAAGUAAAUGUUAAUGUGAUGGUUUGACUGAAAUAUUGGCAGAUUUAAGUUAUUUCCCCGCAUCGUCAUGGCUUCGAUUUUUAUAAGCUUUAACUCCCAACAGUCAUCUACAGAACGUUGAUAGUGCUUUAUACUAUACUAUUUAUUUAUAACCCUUCAUACAAUGGCGGCCGCAAUACAUGAACUUCCCAUCGACCAAAGUUAAUGGCAAAACACGCAUUCAAGCAGCUCACUUUAGAAGAUGCCGAUUAGUUCUACCAAUCCCGCCACCACCACCCCCCAUUACGCCACCGCCCCUGAACUAUAUUAACAUUCUAAUGCCCCACCCCUUUUUACACCGCAGAUCUAUUACAACAACCGCUUCCGUAAAACAAAAGAAAAUAUUACGCGUCAAACGAGCUUGCGCGUCAAACGAGCUUGCGCGUCAAACGAGCUUUCGGUAUUUUCAAUAAUCUCAUUUAAUUAGCGCAGUUAUCGGGAAUUUUUGUGUGUGUGAAAUCAGCGCCUUAUGGUAGCGUUAGUGAUAUUUUUAUGUAGAGAAGUAUUUAUUUUGAUUAAGAUCUUUUGCAUUGGAAAUCAUUACGCUCCUAUCAGCAAACCCACCAAAAGAUGCUCGGGCAAAAAUGUGUUUUUAUUGGCAGCGCAAGGUUUGACUUGAGUUCGUAUACAAAGCGUUCGUGGAAUGGCUCUGUUCAUUUGAAGAUAAUCUAUAAUGUGCUUAACUUGCUCCGAUUAAUUUGUGUGGACCCAAAUUAUCGCCUUAAAAAAAGGGGGUGGGGGGGGGGGGAAAUCACCGUACUCUGUAUGCAAAUUCCUUGCAUCCUUAGAAAACAGACACCCACAAACAAAUUAAACCAAUCGUGGUGGAUCAUUUCAAAUCAAUAACCAGCGAUUAUUUAAAAAAUGGAAUACAAAAUGUCAGUCUUCAACAACAGCAAUAAAAAAAAAAAAAAUGCACGUCAUAAUUUUGCUGACACACGAAAGUUUCAACGACUUUCACGAUUGUUGGGUCCGUCAAAAGUUGACACAAAAAUCAAUGGAGAUUGAAGCUCAAAUGGACGAGGAAAAUAUACCAAGUCCCUUGGUGCGGUCUGGUCGGGAGUUGUAUGGCGGAAAUGCUGCAUGAAAAUUAAGUCUCGUUAAAAAGAUUUACACUGUUCGACAGGCGAGACUAGGUCAGGAAAAAAAAAUCCUUGAGUCGAUAUCUUUCAAGACAUGAUUUGCUCCCAAACUGUCAUGAAGGAUGCAUAACUAAACUUGGAAUGGGCACACCAUAGACCCUAUAUAGGGCGACCCCGAGAGCUAAAUAUGUUCAAUGUAGAUUUUCCUUUUAACCUCUUAAACUGCAUGGCACGACGGGAAAUCAUCAUAGUAUUAACUGCCAUCUCUGAAUUCUGGUCAUGAAAGUCAAAACGAGGUUGUUAUAGUAUGUGACGAAAUAAUUGGAAAAUAAAAUUUAGAGACUUUCCAGCUAUUGUUGUUUCCUAGUUUUUAAUUUUGUUUGUAAAAAGCGGACGUUAUAUUAGUAUUUUCUUAGUUGAAUGUGAUUAUGACUUUAUCGGUGAAUUACAUCGAUACAAAUGAACCAAAUUCCCUAGAGUAAACUUAAUUUCCCAGAGUGAAAUGGUCUUAGAGCACAGUCACGCAUGCAUCAUUAAUCUUAUCAGUUUUAACUUUAAAGUUGCAAGGUGUUAGUAAUGGCGUGGUCAGCUUUUCAAAGCGAUAUUAUAAAUAAAGGUUUAUUCAGAAAAUAACGGGGCACAAAAAAACCCGUGUUUUUUAUUUGAAUGUUUCAUCCCCCUCACCCCCCACCCACCAAAAAAAAACAACAACAAAAAAAAACAACAACACAGACACAAAAAACACGUUUAAACGUUUCUUGGACUCCGACACAUAAUUUGAGAUACCGUAAUAAAGAAAUGCCCCAUGAUGCACGAAUGUCAAUACCCGCUAUGAUAAAAGAAUGUGACUUGAAUAUGAUUUGAGUCCCUGGAACACAUUAAAUAGACCAUUUGUAGCCGAACCUGGGUCAUGUUUGUAACAUUAUUAUAUACAUAUUGGAACAAGGUAGGUUGAGAGUUUGAAAAAAAAAAAGAGCACAAUUAAAAGGACGUUUCGGCUAAAUGCCUUCUUCAGAUGAUAAUACAAAACAUAGGGUUAAAAAUAUUUGAAAUUAAAACAUAAGGUUUUCCCAGAGCACACUGUUGUUACAUUUUAAUGUGUUCCACUAUUUUUUUUUUACUGUCUAUGUACUUCUCACACGUCUUGAAUGCACCCCCCCCCCCCCCCCCAACAUAUUUUAUCCUUUUAAUUUGACAAUUCGUUUGUCAUAGUAGUUUUACUGAUCAAUUUCUUUUUUUAAAGUCAUUAUUUGUCUUGCCCGCCCACUUUUGCAAACUAGACACCCUUGGCCAUCGUUGCCCAAAUACACUGUAUGUCUUAAAAUGAAUAUUAGGCCUAUCUAAUAAGAUUGUUCUCCUCACGACCCAUAAACCCCUGCAAUGCCCAGAUCAUACGUGUGGCCACCGCUCACAGCUGUCAGUGCAGAGGACUCCUCGUGAGCAUGGCCGCCGAGAUGAUGGCCAAGCUGGAGCCCGAGGAACUGUGCGCCGUCUCCCCGUCUGUGCUCCACGACGUCGUGGUCGACCUCGACAGCGAAACCAGUUCCGGUCUCCAGAAAGAACGUGCCUGCAAACUCGUGGACACCUACAUGGGUCAGAUGACGUCAAAGGUAUAUCGUCCUAAUUUUAAAAAAAAAAAAAAUAGCUAUACGUCAUUUUAUAGUGUCUCCGGAAUGCGACCCAUGUAUCAAAAUAUUUAUUGCUCGAACACGUUAAAAAAAAAAAAAAAAGCUAUACGUCAUUUUAUAGUGUCUCCGGAAUGCGGCCCAUUUAUCAAAAUAUUUAUUGCUCGAACACGUUCGUAUUUUUUAUUUUUUUUUGGUGGGGGGGGGGUCAUCCACAGAAGACGUCCAGUGGCGUAGCUAAGGAGUGCGGACAGCAAUGGAUGACACCAUUUUAAGGGGGACACCAAAUUAAAAAUUGCAAUUUUAGAUACCAAACACUGUUCGGUUUAACCGAGGUUCAUAAAUCGAUAACCGAUCACACGUCAAUUUUGCACACAUGUAACUAAUCCGAAUGUGUGUUUUAUAAAAAGCUCAAGGUUGAUGAGUCAGAAAUGAUGUGACCCUUUAAUUAGGUCAGAAAAACACCGCUUUGACAAUGACUCAACACCGAUUGAAGUAUUCAGUAGCUUCCAUAAGUGACAGGGAGCUAUAUUUAUCUAAAUUCUGAGAAAUAAACUCUUCCAUUGAUACCAAAUACGCUGUGGUCGGGCGAUUCUAAUUACAUUUUACAGUUCUUAAAUACAUUUACCGCCUGACCUUCAAUUAAUUUGUUUUUGUCAUUGUUAUAAUGCGGACUUAGUUCAACAAGAAGAAAUCCACCGUGGAAGGGGGCGACACCGUGUGUUUACCGCCGUGGGUGACACCAACCCUUAUAGCUACGCCACUGAAUGCGUCAUAAGUAUAGUGGGAAGGGAUCACAUGUAUGCUACGGUUAAUGAAAAGUGUGUCUAAUUUUUGUUUAAAAUAAUAAUUAUAUAUAUGACGAUUGGGGUGGGGGGAAAAAGGUGGGGGACAUCAGCUAAAUGAACCGGACGUCAUGCACAGAUGACCCAUUUAAUCCUGCAGCUUUUGUUUCAAGUCUUAAAUCUAUAACAUCACUGGGCGCGGUAAAUAACUGCUCAUUGAAAAAUGUGGUAGUACCCACAACGCCCAUGAUGACGCACUAACAAACAACGUAACAUUCCACAAAGGAUUAGACUGAAAGGCUUCCCACACUUUGGGGUCUUAUCUUACGACUAAAUGGCCACACAUCAAAGAGUCAAAGUCAUUACCAUUGUGUGUGAAGAGCUUGCAAAGUUUAACGUUGCCUGUAAAGGAAGGUUAGGACAUGAAAGAUUGAUAUUAUUUGCCAAACAAUGGCAUGUAGAAAAGGUCAGACAAACAAAAUUAACUGGGUGGGGGGGGGAUAUUAAGUUUGAAUUAGUAAAUAAAAGGCUAAUUUCAAAUUUAAUAUAUAUAUUUGUUACUCACUUGAUUUUAUUUCAUUGUAUAUUUUUAAAAACCAUAAAAAGUAGAAAACAUAGAAAAUAAAUUUACAACUAACAGUUAAACAGCUUGGGCGUAAAGGGGGGGGGGAGGGGGAUGUUUGUCCAUAAAGUUUGUCACGCUUUUUCUGGAUAAUUUUACCCCUCCCUUCCCCUUUCUCAAAUCUCAACCCCCACCUCUAUUUAAAGUACAUGUCACACUUUCGAAAUUAAAAAAAAAUUGUUAAACAAUUUUUAAAAUGAAUUCAAUUAAAUCUAAAACGCACUGCCCGGUGAAUCUGUUAUAUUAAUGAAAGUGACAACUUCUGUCAGAAUGCAUCCGUCACAGCAGAAAGUUCAAGAUCACUGUCAAUUUCAGAUUAUGUUUAUAUGCAUAAAUGACAAUGACAUUUUAAAAUGUAAUGACUUCACACGAGAUCUUUACCCGCCCCUGUAUCACCAACUAAAUGUAUCACAUUGUCUUGGAUCCCAGGCCGGAGCUUGACGUACUGUAUGGACGGCCACUUUAAGGUUUGUGAGGUGCGAGGGUGAUAUUGUCUCUACCCAGCCCCACUCUGGUUAAGAGCAGUGGCGUACUUAGGGUUUGGCAGGUAGGACAGAUGCCCUGUGCGUCACUUGAAAGGGGGAUGGGGCGCCAACCCCCCCCCCCAAACAAAAAAAAACAAAAACACAAUUUCUAAUAAUUCAAUAGUUAUUCACAGCUCUCAGUGUUUACACUGCUAAGUUACAACACUAUAACAGUAAUGGACCCAGUAUAUUAUUACAUCCUUUGAAUUUUCAUUUCAAAUGCGUUUAAAAGACUUUUCAAUUCUGCACUACAAACAAAGUCUUUAAAAGUAGCCGCAAAAUUUAGCGAUUGCUAAUGCAAAUGACCAAAAACAAAAACAAAAAUCUGACCCCCCCCCUUUCCUCUCCUGUCAUGGGCGCCAAAUACCCUAGGUACACUUCUGGUAACGAAAACCACAAUGCUCCCCUCGUACUACGCUAGCUGUUAUCUCAGCAACGUACAAGUAGACCUAUACGUUACUAAUUCCGUAUCAUGAUUCAGGGUAUCCUUACAGCGGAGACAUUUCGACUCCUGGCCUCUGCCACCAACACAGCGACGCGGACCUCCCACGACCCCCUGUUUGAAGUGCUGGAGUUUGUCCUAAAGUCGGGUAUUUAGCUCUAUGUCUGUCGUGGGAACACGACUUUGUCUACUCCAAUGUUAACUGUUUGUUGUUUGAAGUUCCGGAAACCCAGGGAUUAUGGUCCAGCCUUGUGACGUAACGGUGUUUAGCAAUCUGUUCCAAGCGGGUGGCAGUCCUUAGGUGGGCGUGGCACUGAUUGUCAAAUGUUAUCAUUGUCUUAAGAAGUUUUUUUUAUUUGUUUCAAAAGUAUGGGGGGGGGGGGGGGGGGGUCUUUUAAACAUUAAUUUUAAUGUCUGGUGUAUAUGUUACAGAAUAGUUGUGAAUUUUUUUUUUUUCUUUUUUUAAAAAAAUGAAAAUUUAAAAAAAAACCUUUUUGGGGGGGGGGGGGAGGAGGUCUAUUAAACAUUAAUUUUAAUGUCUGGUGUAUUUGUUAAAGAAUAGCUGUGAAUUUAUUUAUUUUCAUAUUUUAAAAAAAUGAAAAUUUAAAAAAAAGCCUUUUGGAAGUCAGUUUAUAAAUCAAAGCUACACAAAUUAGUUAUAUUGUUAUCUUUAAAAACAAAGAUAAGUAAAGCAUUUCAUUAUCAAUUUGAGAUUUCGCGAAAAGCUUUAUUUUUAACUAAUAACUUUAAGUUUUCCAAUCCCUUUAAAGCUUAUUUUUCAUUGAGUCUUUUGAUAGGGGCCUGGACUCAAAGUUCUCUCUCAGAUAUUUUACUGUAUUAGUCAUAGAUAAUUCUUCCUGGGAUCUAUGACUAAAUCUGUAAUGGAUAUUGCGUUACAUUUAAAAUUUAACAACACUGCGUUGGCUGAAGACUUUUUAAAACACAUGUUUUAAAUUGAUAUGAGACAUUGAUGAGCUGCAUUGAAAGGUUCAAUCUAACUGUAUACGUCCGUUCACGGUCAGAGACAGACAAGCUCACCCCGGCGCAACGCACCGAGCUCACGGAGCUGGUCAACUUCGACCUGCUGUCCGAGACAAGCCUCCAGAAAGCUCUAGAAGACGAGAUCGUCCCGGCCAGCACCGUCGCCAGGAGCUCCAUCAAGCUGUGCUCCCGGCUUCGCUCGGAGCUCGCCUCGGUGAAGUACAUCGCUGAGUCGCAGGAAGAGGAUCUGCACAAGUAUCAAGGCUCGUCGGCGCACGCUGGUACCGGCAAGUACCCAUCGUCUGCAGCAGAGGUCACCAGGCAUUUCAGCUCUUAUGCAUUACGUGAUAGAAAUCUGGACUCGGGUACGUCGUAAAUGUGUAAAAAUAAAUUAAUACUAAAAACACGACUCUUUACUCUGGCCAUCUCCGUGGAAUUAGAGAUCUCCCUGGAAACGAUAAUAAAGUUAAGAAUUUUUAAUGAAAUAAAAUCCCCCCCCCCCCAAAAAAAAAGACACGCGGUUCCAAAUGUCAGCAUACAGACAUAUAUAAUUAUUCACGGCCCCGUAAAAUUUACCGAUACCCAUGGUCUGCAGCAGAGGCCACCAGGCAUUUCAGCUCUUAGGCAUUACGUGAUAGAAAUCUGGACUAGGGUACGUCGUAAAUGUGUAAAAAUAAUUUAAUACUAAAAACACGACUCUUUACUCUGGCCAUCUCCGUGGAAUUAGAGAUCUCCCUGGAAACGAUAAUAAAGUUAAGAAUUUUUAAUGAAAUAAAAUCCCCCCCCCCCCAAAAAAAAAGUCACGUGGUUUCAAAUGUCAGCAUACAGACAUAUAUAAUUAUUCACGGCCCCGUAAAAUUUACCGACACAUUUAAAUACUAAGCUUAAAUUAAGAGAUAAAAUAUCUGAAAUAUAUAUUGAUUUCAAAAUAAAAUUUGACCCCUUCUUUAAUUAAUUCUUCCCCGCCAAGGUUUAUAAUUUUAAAAAAACAACAGACUCUCCGUAUUUCUAAGAAAUCAUGCCGGCAAGUAAUGUCAGGAAACCCUGUGAAUGGAUUCUUAACUUGUGCGACUUCAAAAGCUAUUGAAAAAAAAAAAAACCAACAAAAAACUGUAAAGAAAAAAAAGGCCCCCGAGAAGUGUCAUAUAAAGUAUUUGAAGCUAUUUGUUAAGAUUCAUAGGUUUGCUCCUGCUGGUGGUCGUCUUGAACCAAAUGUAUAAUAACAUGAUUCAAAAGUGCUGUUUUUUGUCGGCAGGCUAUGCAGAUACGAGUGAAACAAGCAGGGGCAGAUCACCCGCUGAGCUGUUACUGGCGGCGGAACUUGAAACGUCCGAGCACCUCCACAGCUCAGACCCACUGAGGGCGGCUCAGAGCCUGCUGACCGCGGCCCGUCACAAACUCGCGGUCCCCGUCUACACCGGCUACCGGCCCACCCAUCUGUCUCGUCUGCUACCCACAUCGCCCGCAGUCCUGCCCUACGUCUACCAUCCCCACAACAGCAGCAGGGAUGCAGUGGAGCACGACAUCAGCCUGGAGGAGGAGCUGGAGUUCAAGUACGACCGAUCCUUCCGCAGCCUUGACCCCAGGGUGCGCCACCACCGGUUGUGGGGUCACCAACUUGCUAGUCAGAGUGGUAACGCCCAGAAAAGCGGGACUUACUUCCCUUACACCAACUACCAUCGAUUCUAAAAAAAAAAAUUAAAAAUAAUAAAAUUAAAUUUAGAAACUGUUUGACGUCAGCACAAUGGCACACUUAAUAUCAAUGUAUACUUCCCUAGGUUUCUAGCGAUUAAAAAAAGGAUAUAGCACCCAAUUUAUUUAACGGAAACCACCCUAAACUGGAAAAUAUUGAAGACAAUUGUAAUUUCUUCUUCUGUUAUUAGAAAGUGUUGAGGUGACAGGGACUUGAAAGAAAUGGCGUGAAUAAGAUAUAUAGAGUCGCUCUAUACAUGAAGUCUAACAGAUGUAGUUAGUGAGUCAAGCUGAAAGUCAUGCAUUGUGCUUAAAAAUUGAAAAGAUUCUAAAGUUGUUGUCUCCGGCGCACUUCAUAAAGUACUUUAGACAAGUAGCGUCACAAGGGGGUACGAAGGGGUGGACCGCGCGGGGUGACACCCUCGUAGGGGCUGACAACGAUUGGAAAUGUUAAAUUUAAUAAUUUUACAAAUUCAAUUGUUUCUGUAUUAAUUAAGAUGAAAAAUUGUAUACUAUUGUCUAUACUUUUGGAAAUUAAAAACAAAAAUUACUGAUUUUUUUCAAGGCAGUUUCAUGGCUGAACUCAGUUAAAUACAAGAGACGCGUGCUCCCAGAUCAGGGUGCGACCGGCAAUGUUCCCUCUAAGGUUUGUUGAUUAGUGUGCAAAAUCAUACAGUUGUGUGCAAAGUUUUACAGCCCACAAACAAAAAAUUACAUGGAAAUUUGCUGCACGGAUACUCAAAACUGCUACACGGCGUCUGAGAUAGCUGCGCAGCCGCGUAGCUUAAAGGGAACAUUGGCCACCGGAGAAGGUUGACACCAUUGCAGGAUGACACCAUAUCAGGGUGACACCAUAGCAGGCAGACUCAGAUGAGGUUUAUGGGGAGGUCUGUUGGGGUGACGUCAUGAGUAUUCUGCACUUGGUGAUACCAACCCUAAAGAAGCCAUGCACUGCUUUAGACUACGUAACUUUAUCAUUGAGAUGGGGAUCAAAAGGUAUUAGAUGUCAAAUUAAUUUUUAAGAUGAAUUUUUUAAUAUGGAGUCGGAGCAAAUAGCUAAAAAUGAUCGGAGAGCAUAUCUGAUGGGCGGAUUUUGCAACGGCUGAUUAUUAUAGCCUCAUCAAGCAGGGGCGUCAUUUGGGUAGGGCAGGGUGGGGCAUUUACCCCAUCUCCCCCUGAAUUUGCAGGUUUUAUUUAAAUUGCUAUGUACUGUGGGCCACCAGUAAUAAACAAAUUAACAAGCCGACCAAGUUUGAGUUUUGUCCCGUCCCCUCCCCCCUGAAAAAAACCUGUAAUGACGCCCCUGUUAUCCAGCCCCAUCCUAGGGAUUUCCUUUUGUCUGUGAUAUUGUAUAUACUGUUCUCUUUUCCAAUAUGUUGAUGUUUUUAUUGUGUAUUAUUGAGCCAGGUCUGCCUCUAAGCUUUUGCCAAUAAAUUAUAUGCCAUUCUUAAAAUAACAAGUAAUAAUUUUACAGAUUCAAUUGUUUCUGUUUUAAUUAAGAUGAAAAAUUGUAUACUAGUGUCUAUACUUUUGCAUAGUUUAACAUGUGUAAACGGACGUUGUGCCACAAUCUUUUUUUUUUUUGUCACUGCCGAUCCAAGUUUCACUACAUAUUUUUACAUAUAGGCCAAGUUGGUGUAUUGAAGAUCGUUCUAAUUUGGAAAUGAUCAAACGCCCCAUUACACUGACUACUAACUAUUACGCAGUUAAUAUUUCAAAAUUGUUUCCUUAGCUGGUGCCUAGAACAAACCCUGGUCAACACAGUGUCGUUCUAUGAUUUUUUUUUCUUCUGUUCACGUUCUUACUUAAUGAUUGAGUUUUAUGCACCAAAGUAUUGUUUCACAGUAGACUGCAGUUAUAUAUGAUGUAUUUAUACUAAUUUUAGUAUUGGAUCCCGGGAGAGAUUGAGUCGUAAAAAUUAAUAAAAGUCUAUAUGUAAUAUUUUUUUUUAAAAAUCUUACAUCAUUUAUUGGAUUAAAUCAAGACACGAGGUCAUGCGUAUCUCAGUUGUACCGUUGUACCCCAUGGAUAAAUUACUUAAUAUACUUAUAUGGAAAUAUUAAUUACUGGAACUUUGAACCAUGGAUUCUCCAAAUAUAAAGCUUAUAUGACAAUGAUAAUAAAACGCACACAUCUGUGUAACCCAUGGUGUAAAACAAAAUGGUUUGCAAUGUUAUAAUAUUGUAGCAUUUAACUUUAGUUGAGGAAAAGUUGAUAUGAUUUAAACAAAACUAUAAGUCACAUUUGUUUAAAUGUUUGGAAAAAAAACAAACAUGACUUUAUUAGAAAG